UCAGUGGCCGACCAUUCAUUGUCGUAGUAGGGUGCGCGAUCGGACAUCGCAUUCAGCCCAAACGGACGUAAUUAUAAAUCGUACUUCGCAAAUCACGCGACAAUUACAAUAACAGCGGCAUACAAACAUUUACGCAAUGUUAACUAAAAUAGUUAUAUCAUUUUUAUUCAUGAACAGCGUUUGCGCACAAUUAAAUGGUGAGUUUUGGUGGUUAAAUAGCAAAGUGAGUGAAUUAAACGGAAAAAAAAUACCACCGCCUCAGUUUGAAGACUUGACGGAAUUCGACACUGAUGAAACGAGGAUACUAUUUGACGAAAAUGUUCAUGAAAUGAAAUCUAAAAUCAUUAACAAUCCAAAAAACGUUAAAGACAAUAAGAUGAGACCUGGUGCUACACAAGCAAAGAUAAAUAAAAUGAUCAAUAGUCAAGAUAAAAUUAUAUUCGGUGAGUAUAAAAGGCACGAUAACAAUAAGUUUGUGUGGCCGAGUGACGACAGGAGUAAUAAAAAUAAAUAUAAUCAAGCUGCAUCGACUCAGAAUUUCAACAGAAAUGACCAAACAACAGUAAAGAAAACUACUGCAAGCACUACGCAAGAUACAGUCGGCAUUAAGUUUCCUGAAAGAGAUACAUUUUUUAUACCAGAACCCAAAAAAACAGUUGCUACAACAAUUAUCAAUACGCAAACAACAGCGCCAAACCAUGAAAGCACAAGUGAAGUUACAACAAAUACCGAUAUAAUAUUUUUCGAUAGCAAAAAUCGAAAUGAAGAGCAGUCUAAAAAUAUUUGUACUUACAUUAAAGAACAAGAAUGUAUAAAACUGGACGGUUUUAUUUACACUGUCGAAUUCGGAAAAAGCCUGAAUGUAGGCCCAAAAAAUCCAACACUUGUAUGCUGCGUACUACCUUUACCAAUAAAAGACAAUAGCAAAAAUACUGAUAAUAAAGACCAAGGCAUAGUGUUCUUUCGAGAAAAAAUACGCUCUAAAAGAUCCAACGAAGAACUAAAACAAAGAAAAGUACUUCUGAAACGGAGACGGCCCCAAGAAAAAACCAAAACAGUUCCCGCCGAAAUAGUAAAUGAAGACGAAGAUCCUUAUUGGAAUAUUAAGAAUACUUUCAAACCCACUACGAAACCAAUUAAGACAACAGACUAUGAUUAUAAAGAUGACUCCAUCGAAGAGUAUACUGAUGAACUGCCGCGACCAGGCUUAUUAGGAAUAUAUUCAGAGAAACGAAAGCCGACCGGCUGGUCUGUGACGAAGCGAGAACAAACUUAUGGCGGGGGCACUGAAUACGAUGAUGUUGACGAUCCUGGAACUCCAUUUGGCUAUGGAACUAUAGAUCCUCGAAAAGAUAACCGAAACACUAAAAAAGGAAGAAAGCCUAUAAAACUUGUGACGGAAAAAGAAAAAUAUAAUCCAGAAAAUCAAAUUAUAAAUUUUCAGUCAAAUCCUAAUUUUGAAGAUUUUCAAGGUUUUAAACUUCUUAACUUGGUACGUAACAAAAACAAAGUUCCCGAAAGAACGAUUGAGAAAUCUGGCGAAAGCAAUGAUAGUGAUGUUCAAGAAUCAAAUAUCAGGCUUGUGAAAAGUUCUGAAAACACCGACAACUAUAAACAGGAAACUCAGCUAUUUGGUGACUGUGAAAAAACUGGAAGGAAAUUAAAGCAAAAAGAUGCACAAAUCGGUGGCGCGGAAGAAGGCUCCCAUCCGUGGCUGGUAGUGGUGACUCCUGCAGACGAUCAGAACGACAUCCUCUGCUACGGCACCCUCGUACAUCCCCGUGCUGCUAUAACUGCUGCUGAUUGCGUUUCUGAGGUUUCCCCGAAAGGUAUUAUCGUUCUGGCUGGACUGUGGAAGUUGAAUGAAAAAACGAAUGCAAAAAAACGAACGCCGCAAGUCCACUUGCAUCCGAAGUUUAAACCGGGCAGUAUUGCGAACAAUUUGGCUACUCUGACAUGGUCGCGUCCAUUCAGAUUAUGCGAUGAAGUUCAGACCGCGUGCGUAGCGGAGCUUCGACAAGGAAAGGAUUGUAUGCUCUACGGCUGGGGUGGAUUCGAUCAAGCACUGCGUCUGAGAUCUCGUUGGCAACGAGCGCAACUGCAUGAGUGUGAUGAAAUGUCUUCAGUCAGUAAAUCAGCUCUUCCGAAAAACGCGUUCUGUGGCACUGUGCAAUCGCGUGGCACCGUGAGUGGUAUAGGCGGCCCGCUGAUGUGCAACGUGGAGGGACGCGACGCUGUGGUGGGCGUCGCCGUGUUCCGAGACACUGACGUCGUGUUCCUACCGGCGACGGAGUGGGCUAUGCAGGCGCACGAGCUUGUCAAUCAAGACUGAAUUUGGAAUAAUUACCCGUAAUUUUAUAUGUACUUUGAGGUAGAUAGGUGCAGUGUAAACUCUAACUUUAUUUUUUAUUUAGUUUUGAUUACUAUGUAAAUCAACAGAUAAAUAGGGCACGUUGAUGGAUAGUUAAAACAAAACACACUACGAAUACUUUUUUAAUUUUAUUUUAAUCACGUUUACAUUUUAUGUGCGAGACCAGCUUGAUCGUUUCGACAAUUAAUUCUGAGCAAACACCACGACUCCGCACUAGUGGCACUAGGAACUAAACAUUAACUACUAAACAUUGGGAAUGUCGAGAUCCUACGCGAACAUAUCAAAUGAAAUUUCACUACAACAAAGUUCAACACGUUUAAAUUUAUAAAUUAAUGAAUUGUACUUAAUACAUAAAACGCUCUUUGGUGUCGAACUCGAAUAACAAUGAGUGAGAUAGAUGUGGUUAUAUUAACUAUAACAAUUUAGAAAAUAGCGCGAAAUAAAAUGUUUUUAUCAAUAACAUACAAUAAACAAGUCUUACAAAUUACAGCCCGUUUGUUUCGUCGGCGGAUUCACUUCAACGCACUUUACCUGAAGUGAAACUGCCGACGACUUCAUAAGAACUAAACACAGUAACGUAAUAAUACUUAGGGCAUAAUUUAUUGAAUAUAAAAAUACUUAUAUAGAUUUUCUAUUUCAUUGUCUAAAUUAUGGAAAAUACCUGUACUUUCUCGCUAAGAUUUUUUUGUGACUACGAACAACCUCGAAAUUCACAUGUUGAUCUAAACGCGUAUGUAUCAUACAAUAAAUAUAAAAUAAGGUAAUUGGCAAUUCAGAAUGCGACAAGGGAAUCUUCGUAUUCUUAUUUUAUUCAAAUCGAUUGCUAAACAAUUUUUUGAGUAAUGAAGAUCCUAUUGUAUAAUUUAUGGCAAAUACGGGACAAUUUUGUUUU